CAAAUCACCGAAUCACAGCCGCCGGCCACCAAACCGGCCAUUUCCGCUUCCCUAUUCCGCCCCCCUUCCUCCGCUCCCAACCGAGUCCCCGGCGCCGCCGCCGGCUACAUCCUCGCCCUGCGUCGAGGGCCACGGCGCCGCGCCCACCGCCCGUCGCAGCGCCCCCGCUGCUCGGCCACGGCUCGCACGACCGCGCGGGUGAGAGAACAGCCGGCGCUGCCUUGGCCUCGGCUCGGCGGCGCGACGCCCCCACCCACUCCAGGCUCCACGUGAGGAAUUUUUAAUGCUUGAAAUGACUGAAAGUUGGAUAGAAGGCUCAAAAAACACUUCAGCUCCAGAAUCAGUUUCUUGUUCAGUUUCUAGAUAUGAAUCAUCACCGCCAAGAAGACUGGGGAAAAGAAAUAUUUAUCAUCUAUUAGCUCAACGGGAGAUCUCUCCUCGGACAAAACACCAAGCUAAAAAUAUUUGGUCUGGAUCUCCAGAAUGUGCUACUGGUUCAAUUGAGUUAGCAUUUUGGGUUACAGAUGCUAGACAUGAUCUUUUUUCUUGGGCUGAAUCACAAUCCUUGCAUCGGUGGUCUGCCAGGUAUUGUCUUCUCCUGCCUGCUCCAAGGUCAACCAUUGCAGCUGCAUUCAGUCCGGAUGGGAGAACACUUGCAUCCACACAUGGUGACCAUACUGUUAAAAUAAUCGAUUGCCAAACUGGGAAAUGUUUGAAAGUGUUGCUUGGACAUUGGCGCACUCCAUGGGUGGUUAGAUAUCAUCCAUUACAUCCUGAUAUCGUUGCUAGCGGAAGUUUGGAUAAUGAAGUUUGUCUAUGGGAUGCUAAAACCUCCCGUUGCAUUGGAUCACACUUCUUCUAUAAGCAAAUUGCAUCAAUUGCAUUUCAUGCAAAGGGGGAGCUUCUGGCGGUUGCUUCAGGGCACAAACUGUUCAUAUGGGACUACAAUAAACGAGAUGAAGCUUCUGACCCACCAAUGAUAUUAAGAACUCGCCGUUCACUGAGAGCUGUUCAAUUUCAUCCCAAUGGGGCUCCGUAUCUACUGACUGCAGAGGUUAACAAUCUUGAUUCUGCUGAUUCAGAACUGACCCAUGCAACAUCUUCUGGCUAUUCAAACUCGCCUUCGGCUGUAUUUUUUGCAAUCAUGAACUCCGCAUGUUGUCCAUACUCUGAGUCUAGGUUUUCAUCACCGUGCUUGAUCUGGCCUGCAUAUGUCAGAGAUGAUGGAAGCAUAUGUCUGCUUCGCAAUGACUGGGUUAGUGGUUCAUCCGAUGUGCAGCAGCCAUCAGAUUCUGAAACUCAACAGGCUGGCCAUAUGGUUACACCUAUGGAUGUAUGCCCUGGAGAACCUGGGGUGAAUAAUUAUGAUGAUGAAGAUUCUGCAUCUUUAUCAAAUAGAAUAGAAAUGCAUACUCCCAGUUGGCAGAAUAGCUCAAGAUUUCACAACAGUAGUGCUGCUACUGAUCUUCACAGGAUUGAUAUAAGACAAGUUUCUGACCUGAGCAGUGAUACGCCAAAUCCAGAAAUGCCUGCACAUUCAAGAAUUGAUGUUCCAAAUAGUAUGCCAAUGGAUUUGUUCGCCUUUUCAAAUACAAUAGAUGUUCAAAUGUUCCUAAGAGACGUAGAGGCCGGACAUCACCAUAAUAAUUACACUGGUGGAUCACAUAGCUGGGAACUGCCUUUUCUCCAGGGUUGGUUGAUGGCACAAAACCGUACAGGAUUGCGUGCAACACUUCCUAACAAUGAGGUUAUAGGAGACUUACCUAUCGGUGGCACUGCUGGGACUGAUAAUGUGAUGAAUGAAUCAUCAAACAUGUACAGUUUUGAACGUGUAGGGCCUUCAUCAUCAAUUCCAAUUACUACGGACAGUUUGAGAGGGCUAAGUAAACAUCGUCAUAUGCUGGCCUCUGUACCUGGUGGAGCAGGGACUUCGCUUCAAGGUGCUCAAAAUGGUGAAGCUCAUGUUAAUGUUGUCUCAUUAGGUGUUGGGUCAGAAUUUGCUACGUCACUGUUUGCUGGUGACGGUACUGAAUUACCCUGUACAGUGAAACUUAGAAUAUGGCGGCAUAACAUUGACAACCCUUGUGCUGUGUUAGCACCUGAGGCAUGCUGCUUGACAAUCUCUCAUGCUGUUCUUUGCAGUGAAAUGGGCACCCAUUUUUCCCCCUGUGGGCGUUUUUUGGUGGCUUGUGUUGCAUGCUUACUGCCUCAAACAGAAGUUGGUGAGCAUGUAAGCCAAUCGCCUGUACAGUAUGAUUCAACUGGGGCUGGAACAUCACCAACUCGCCACCCUCUCCCCUCUCGUCGAGUUAUUUAUGAGCUUCGUGUUUAUUCUCUUGAGGAGGAAACGUUUGGGACAGUUCUUGUGUCCCGGGCAAUAAGGGCAGCCCAUUGCUUAACUUCCAUUCAGUUUUCACCUACAUCAGAGCACAUACUACUGGCAUAUGGUCGUCGUCAUAACUCACUUCUGAGGGGCAUUUUCAUGGAUGGCAAGACCACAAUCCCUGUGUACACUGUCUUGGAGGUGUAUAGAGUUUCAGACAUGGAGCUUGUAAGAGUUAUCCCUAGUGCUGAAGAUGAAGUCAAUGUCGCAUGUUUUCAUCCUUCCCCUGGUGCAGGUCUUGUUUAUGGGACUAAGGAAGGAAAGCUCAGGAUAAUUCAACACAAUGUUGCAGACUACUAGGGGAAAUAUUCUUGAGGAACUUAUCUCCACAGAUUCAUAUGCCCAAUGAAUCAUAUCCCAUCCCAGCUAAAUCAUGGUGGUCAAUUUUGAAGGACCAACAUGCAGAUGUUCGCCUUCCUGAGUAAUCCACAACAUGAUUGCACUGAGACUCCGGAAAACAUUUUGUGACGAUCAUGAAGACUUCGCUCUGCACCUAGGUAACAGUGACGCGGGUAAGAACUAAGAAGCAAGCUGUGAGAGAACAGUCAAGGAAACCGCUCCCGGUGGCAGCAUAUGUGACUAAGUUAGUGGUUGACUAAUUUCAUUGCUAGAGGUAGAGCAGGAGGAUGCUGGUGUAUUGAUGCUGCCUUAGCCAGAAAAUGGGGUAGCAGAUGAAAUCUAGCAAUUGGCAUACAUGUCAAUGUGUCAUGUUGCUCUGCAUGACGUUGUCCUAAUGGACUGUAACAAUGGGAUGUUGCUGCAAUCAGAAGCACAUACGCUCUUAUUAACAUGAUUUGCUGUUAUGCAAAUCUUUUUUCUGCCGGUAUAUGGACUGGGGUUGGUGUAUGUUGGGCAAAUGAAUCCCAAAACCACAUUAGUAAAUGCGAGAAAAUGGGUAUCAUGAUGUCAUCGCA